AUGACCCGGUCAAUACUGUUGGCGCUGCUUUGCACGACAGUGUUGGGUUGGCUGGUUAGGGCAUUGCCGGUGGUGUCUCGUGGUCUGGACCAGCACUCGGAAGUUCGAGUUGGGCUCCUGAUCGAGCCCCGACAAUGGAAGGGACCACCGCCGUGGUUGAUCCCGAGCAUCAAAGCAACGACAACGACACUAACUCUUUCGGUCCCAGGAGCAACAGGACUGCCCUCGCCCACUUUCUCUGGGCUUCCGGCUAGCGCUGUACCGUUACCCACGGGCGUACCCACUGCCACUCCAGAUGCUGGCAACUCGCCGCCUUCGAGCACGGUAGACCGGCAAUCGUCUGGAGAAGGCUCCAUGACCGAUACUAUGCCCACAGACACCACCAACUUUUCAACCGGAACCCCGCCCGCGACUGAUAUUUCUGAGCCUUCGAAUGAGGGCGACUCUGGAAUCGGGAGCCACAGGACGCUCGUCAUCAGCCUGAGCACCAUCCUCUCGGCGGUGGGGUUGGCGUUGAUACUAGGGGGGAUAUUUCUAUGGCGGAGAAGGCGCCAACGCCGGCUGCCUUUCCUCUCACGUGGUGUCUCGCCCAUCGACGACGACGAGAUCGAGAGAUGGAAGUCGCCCAGGGAUGAGAAGGCCCCGUUCCCGGCUGGGGACACCGACGUUGAGGCCGACGCAGCCUUCAACAAAGAGACGGGUGCCCCGUCGCACGCGAAGCACCCGUCGACAAGCUCUGUGAAGAAGCCGCCGAGCGUGAUCGUCUACAACAGACCGCACGACGCACAAGGGACCCGCCAGUCGACCGACGCCGAGUCCCGCCGCUCCUUCGCCCAGAACCACCCGGCCUACAGCGGCAAGACCAGCUUCGACAAGGCCCUCCCGCAGACCCCCAUCCAAGCUCGCGCCCCUAACGCCCGCGCAGGGCUGACGGACGAGUCCGUCCCCGGCGACGAGCCCUUCAUCUUCAGCCCGAAGCGCAUCCCCUCCCGCCGCCUCUCCAAGCUCCCGCCCAACUCGGCCAUGGGCCGCCGGGCCCAGCACGCGAGAGCCCGCAGCUCGCGCAGCAGCACCCGCAGCUUUGGCGAAUACUACUACGCCUCGGGCGGCGCGUCGAGGACCGGGUCGGACCUGGAGCUCUCGCCCCGCUAUUCCCACGACCAAGCCCAGCACCAUAGCAGGGAACACUCGAGGAGCCGUAGCGGGCCGAGGGGUAGUCACUCCAGGGUGUACUCGUCGUCCUCCAUCCCGCCGAGGCUGUCCUUCGGAGAUGAGGUGUUGUUCGGGGGGCUGUCACCGGCUCGCCCGAGGUUCCCCGGUGAGGCUGAGAUUGGGCGGGCUAUUGGCUAG